GAUUUGCUCAUUUUCAUUACGGUCUUGUUCUCUACUUGUAUCUCUGUAGCCCUAAUGGCCAAUACCCUUUCUCUACAUGGUCAAGGACUUAAGCUUGACAGUCGAGCCGAUAUAGAGCCUCUAUUAGCCGGCAUCGAUCCCACAAAGAUUGAAGAGAUCCACCUGGGAGGCAACACAAUCGGGGUCGACGCGUCCGUGGCGCUUGCUGAAUUCUUGUCGAAGGCUACAAAUCUCAAAAUCGCUGACUUGGCUGAUAUUUUCACCGGUCGUCUGAUCACUGAAAUCCCCUUGGCCCUCACCGCCAUCUGCAAUGCCUUAGUCGACAAGACGUCUCUCAUCGAGCUCGACUUGAGCGAUAAUGCAUUUGGUGGAAGAUCAGUCGAUCCAAUGGUCCCAUUCCUCACCAACAACCGCAGCUUCCAAGUCCUCAAGCUGAACAACAACGGUCUCGGUCCCGUAGGUGGCAAAGUCCUUGCCGAUGCUCUCUUCGAAUCAGCCAGGAUCAGCAAAUCCAAAGGGGAAAAGUCAAACCUUCGAACGGUCAUCUGUGGACGUAACCGUCUGGAAGACGGGUCGGCUCCAUCAUGGGCUGAGGCAUUCGCGGCCCAUGGGACCCUCACCGAGGUUCGCAUGCCGCAGAAUGGGAUACGCAUGGCUGGGAUCACUGCAUUGGCGCGCGGGCUAGCAAAGAAUCCCGGUUUGCAGUUCAUCGAUCUGCAGGAUAACACCUUUACGGAUGAUGGUCAGUUGAAGGGCGUGGAGGCUUGGACAGAAUCGUUGGCAUCGUGGCCAGAGCUGACGGCACUUAACCUUUCGGACUGCGUGCUGUCGGGGGAAGGAGAGUUGCCACAGCUUGUGACUGCCAUCGCGGAGGGCUCGAACCCGAAACUUCACACGUUGCAGCUGCAGAACAAUAAUUUGGAGGCGGAGACUUUUGCGUUGUUCGCGGAGCACAUCUCGGGGAACCUGAAGGGACUGAAGUUGUUAGAGCUCCAGUGGAACGAUGCUGAGGACGAUGAUGUCAGUUUGGAAACUGUGCGGCUCAGUAUGAAGCAACGAGGAGGUAAAUUGAUUGUCGAUGACGAAGAGGAGGAGGAAGAAGAGGAGGAGGCAGAGGAAGAGGAAGAGAAAGAAGAGGUAAAGGAAGAACAGGAGGCUGUCCUUGCCAGCACAAUCGAAGAGCCGACGCCUAAAAAGCCCGACACGACGGACGAGCUGGCAGAUUUGAUGAGCAAAGUUGAAAUCCAAUAGAGGACACCGCAUCUAGUUACAUCGUUUGGGUAUACCCCGGGGCAUUCCGGUCAAUAAGUAAAAAGGUAAAUGUAUAGAAUUUGUUGUACACUCAAUAUUUUGCGUUAUCGAACUUUACAAACUAUCCAACGUCCAGCGAUACCUUCCUUCCGGCAAACAUGACCUAGGGCGCUUUCAGAUUCCAACCAGCUAUCCAAGUCAGCGACAGCUUUCGGAGACGCGACAGGGUGCAGGACAAGAGUCCUGGUUAGCCACGCACGCGUUUCUGACUCGGAGUGACAGGACAGCUCUCGAUAUGCAGAUCGUAGCACUGUCCAUGUUGUAGAUCGAUUGCAAAAA